AUGGGCUGCGCGAUUUCAGGUCUGGCAGCAAAAGCGGAGUUUGGGGAAAGGAGCCCAGAGGAGGAGGAGGAGGAUGCUGCUGCUGCGCGUCCGCAUCCCAGCGAGCGUCACAUCCAGAUGAUCAAGGAGUCGUGGAAAGUUAUCCGGGACGACAUAGCUAAAGUUGGGAUCAUCAUGUUCGUCCGGUUGUUUGAGACCCAUCCCGAGUGCAAGGACGUCUUCUUCCUGUUCCGAGAUGUGGAGGAUCUGGAGCGGCUGCGGACCAGCCGGGAGCUGAGGGCACACGGCCUGAGGGUGAUGUCGUUCAUCGAGAAAAGCGUGGCGAGACUGGACCAGCCGGAGCGACUGGAGGCUCUGGCUCUGGAACUGGGGAAAAGCCAUUAUCACUACAACGCCCCUCCCAAGUAUUACAGUUACGUCGGAGCAGAAUUCAUCUGCGCCGUGCAGCCCAUCCUGAAGGAGAGGUGGACAGCCGAGCUGGAGGAGGCGUGGAAGACCCUGUUCCAGUAUGUGACCAGCCUGAUGAAGCAGGGCUACCAGGAGGAGAGCAGCCGGCAGCACCAGCUCACCCUCUCCCCGCGGGACAGACCGGAGAGGAGCAACACGGCGCUAUGA